GGCAUUACACAGUGCGCAGUCGCGAAUACUAGACGUGUCACAGUUUUCGAAAAAUCACUUAUCGACAUACCGAUCCGGUGACGGCGCAUCACUAUUUUUCGACGACAGCGCCGCAACGCGUUCUGAUUGAUUCCGAAUCGAUUAAUCAACACGUGACGUUUUAAUCGAGUAACAAUAUUUUGUGGCACAGUGAGCACGUGGUAUCCACAAAACACUAUACCUAUUAAAACAAAAUGAUAAUAUUUUUUUUUCGAAUACAACAUUUCUUGUAUUUCGCUAUAAAGUAAUAUUAUUUCCUUUCGUUUAACUUUCGCCUUGUUUGUGUGUUAGUUUGUAAUUUGUUUUAAUCGUUUCAUCAUUCACGCGUGGCAGUUAUCUUUACGAUAAUACCGUGAUUAGAAUCUCUUCAGUAUUAAUAGCUAUCGUCUAGAAUGUACUAUAUAACACUAGUUGUCGCCGCGGCGUUACUCGGGGGCGGCUGUAGAUCUGCAAACGUCAACAAACACUUGAGAAUGUUACCACACAUCGAUAACAAUAUUGAAUCAAACGUGGUAGCAACAAAACAGUCAACAAUGGUGAAACUGCUGGCCAUUACGCGUCGACCGAAACUCCACAACCCUCAUCCGCCUGGCACGACUGUUGAACUGACUUGCGAAGCUUACGGCACGCCAGCGCCAUCUAUACAGUGGUACAAGAACGACGCGCCGGUUUACGAGCACGAUAUGGAGUCUAAUGAGCUGGUAGACACAAAUCCGACAUCCCUCGCCCGGGUGGUAUCCACGCUGCUGGUUACAAGGACGGACACUCGGGACCAGUACACGUGCCUUGUGAAGGCUGGGAUGAGGGUUGAGAGGGCUUCAUGCACAGUCUACAGGACGGAUGGCAGCACUGAGGUGACGGAGCGCUCCAAACUACUGCCACUGGCGCCUCGGAUAUUGGUGUCGUACAAAGCCUACAUCGACGUCAUAGGCAGUAAUGUGAUGCUGCCCUGCAGAGUCAGGGGUCACCCUCGACCGACCAUCACGUGGACGUGGAAGAACAACAAUGGCACCAGUGGAACUGUCACCAAGCAUAAUCCAAGAAUGAAGGUGCUACGCUCCGGUGAGCUUAUAAUCUCGCCGCUGCGGUGGAGCGACAUGGGGGAGUUCACGUGCCACGCGACCAACAUGUUCGGCAGCCAGUACGCCAACACAUUCGUCUAUCCCGCUAAAGCGGGGUAACCCAUGUCUAUAGUAAUCACACAUACAAGCGUGAAGCAUACUUAAACUGGAUGUUCCUGUUAUUAAUUAAGUUAAAGAUAAAAAAACGUUAAGAGCCUUACACACGCACGCGGGAAACGCUGCGUUUCUGUUACCAAACGCACGACCAUAAGAACUUAAAAGUGUUAUAUUUUAUAAUAUUUGAAUACUUGUUCUAAAAAUAUUUAAUAUGAUAAGGAUGUUUACGCAAAGCAGUAUGAAGGUGGCACUUAGACGUGAAAACAAAGAGUGACUUUAAAAAAAAAAACAUAAAGGCGGGAAUCGUUUUUUUUUUUAUUUUCCCGCCUACAGACUAAAGCAGAAACAAAGUAUAAAUAUGUUAUGACACAGUGGCGCCCACAUCGGGAUAAAUGAACAGUAAACUGCAGGCAGAAAAAAAAAAUAGUUAUCUCCACAGAGUAUUGUACUGUUUUAUUUGACAGAUACGUUUUAAAUGUAUUUUUAAAUAGCAUAUCUUUUCAGACACGCGGUAAUUUAUUAUUGGAAUAUAAUUUUUCAUAUUUUAAUAGUGUUAACCUGUGAUUUUAUGUAUUAUAUAUGUAUUCUCUAACAAUUUCUAAUUGUUACAUUGUCAUAUGUCUAAUUUUAAAUAAAAGUUUCAAAACAAUGUAUUUUCUUCUCGCUCGAUGACAAUAUUUCAAAACUGCAAUAGAAUCACGCAAUAGAUUACGAGUGCAAAUUUUUGAAAGCGACUUUUGAAUAUGCCAAUUUCAAAAAUACAUAUUUUGAUUUGACGUAAAUAGUUCUCUAAAUUUAGUAUUGAGAGAAUUGUUACAGUUUUUCGUAAUUAGAUUUUAUCAUUUAUACAAAUGAGUACUUAUGAAAGAUAAGUUAAGUUUGAGUAUGUAAUCACAUUGAGUUGAAUUCUAUGACCAAAGCAAAAAUUUACGCCACAUCUUUCAAGUGGUAGAAACAGAAGGAACCGAAAAAUAUGUGUAUUUUGUUUCAUUCCUUUUCAUAACAUAUAUAUGAUAUAUAUGUAUAACAACUUAUGUAUAUUAGGUGUGGAUAAUAUAUAUAUAUAUAUAUAUAUAUA